AUGUUUUGGAUAUUUUAUAUUUUAAGAUUAGUCAUAUCAACUUGUUCAUACACAAAUUUUGAUUAAUUCUAAUUAAGCAGUGACAGUUUUUAUCAAGAAUAGAAUUAUGUAAGAGGAAAUCCAUAUGCAUUUGGUGUAUGGACACAAUUUGCUCCACUUAGAAAAAAUUUUUUUGCAGAUAAAUCAAAACCAUAUUUUGAUUCUACCCUUAGUCUUGAUGGGUUUCAUAUCCUUAAUUUUUAAAGCGGAGGAAACAUUCAAACAUUAUUCUAUUAAUAGCCACUUUAUGUUACAGGAUACCCAACACUAAUAAUUCUGUAAUAUACUUAAUCUGGAGUGUUUUCCUAUAAGAUUCAGGAAGGACUCUAUUAUUAUGAAGGAUAUUGGGUUUUUACUUAUUUUAGUUUUAACUACGAUAACAAAUACAACUUUGCAUCAUACAGUACAGGGGAUGAUCGUUUUUUUAAUUUUUUGGUCACAAAUAGAAGAUUAAAAACAUAAACAACAAAUGCUAAAUUAGAAUAUGGAGGUUAGGGAUUAUAUGCCAUAGGUACUAGUAGUUACAAUCUAAAUAUAUUUUUGGGAAGAAUUUCGAUAAUUAAUACAUUUGAAAGCCCAAUUACUUUUUUCAUCAAUACAGAUAAGGCAAAGUUUAAAUAAUUUAUUUAAAAUUGCUAAGUUCCUCCAUCAUGUUAAGAGACUUUGGAAGUAUAUCUCUUUAAUGAAACUUAUAAUAAAUUUAAUUAUUCUAUAGGCAGUUAUUAAAUUGAUAUUCCAGGAUUAGUCAAUGGAUUAAAUUUUUGGAUGAAGAGAGAUUAUAAGAUAAUUAACUCAUAAAAAGAAAUCUUAAUGUCUUUUGGAGGUAAUUUUGCAACUUUAGAUCGGUUUUACUAAUUAGAAUUGUAUUGGUAAGUUUUCGAUCAAGAUGUGUUUUUAGUACACAGUUUUGAUCUUUAUUACUUAAUACCUAUAGAAAGACCAACAGCCGAUGUAAGUUUAACUAGCUAUGAAUAUAUCAAUAAACCUGUAAAAUUUUUCGAAAAAUGGACUUAUUUUUAAUAUUUAUUCAAGAAGGUUGGACAAUCUCAAAUUAUUUCAGUUUAUAUCUAUUAAUACUCCAGUGAAACAUAUGAAAUAUACAAUUUUAUUGGUUAUCCUUAAUGCCAAUAAUAUUCUAAUUAUCAGGCCACAAUAACGGUAUUCACAUUAUAGAAAUAUCAAAAUAUGCAGCCUUUUGGAGGUUUGAUUUCAAAUUUAAGAUUUACAUACUGUUACAGUAACAGUUUCACUAUGGAUUAGGAUUUUGAAAUUACUUCAAACAUACGUAUAUAAAAGAUAUAAUGAUAGGUUGCCAUGCACUCUGUGAAACAUGCACGGGGCCUACCAAAUAUGAUUGCUUUUCCUGUUAUGAUGAAUAAAAUAGAUACUUGUAAAUUGAUCUUCAUUAGUGUUAUUGUAAAUCAAAUUAUGAGGAAGGAACUGGUUUAAUUUGCCAAUGUAAUUUAUUUAUAUCAUUUAGAAACGUUUUUAAGCUCUGUUUCCUAAUAAAUAGAGUUGUAUAAAGAGUUCAAUCUUAUUGAAGUUUAGAAAGAUAACAAGUGUAGUUAUGGCUACUUUGAAGUAUGGAAGGACUUGAGAUUCUUGCGAUGCAUUAAAUGGUAUUGAUACAGUUAUUUUGAAGUCCCUAUUUUGGUCAAAGUCAUAAUUCAGUAAACUGCAUAAAUUGUAUACUCAAUUCUCAAAAUUGGUAUUUAAACCCAAUUUGUAAUAUUGAUUACAGAACUGAUGACUCUGAAUUCUAUUACAAUCAAUAAUUAGACUAUCAAUCUUAAGAAAUAUUUAUAAUCAAUUUUGAUUUAAUGAUUGCAGAAUUGUGUCCUGGAUGUGAUUAUAUUUCUGAAACUAAAAAUUCACAAUCCAUUAUUAAGAAUGUAAAUGGAUUAGAUACUUAUUAUGAAUGCAAAUAGCAUUUAUACCCUUAGGAUAAUUCUUGUGAGCAAUGCGAAAUUUAUUGUAAUAAAUGCGAAGAUACAGAAAAAUGUUUAGAGUGUAAUCUAGGGUUUUAUAUAAAAAAUGAUCAUUGCUAUUAAUGUCCUUAGGGGUGUUUAUCAUGUAGUUUAGAUAUAGAAUUAGAGUAAGUAAAAUGUAAAGAUUGUGAACAAGAAUACUCUUUAAUUGAUGAUAAUUGUUAAAAAUGUGGAGAACUAUGUUAAAUUUGUUCAAAGAAAUUGAACAAAGAUACUGGAUAAGAAUAUAUGAAGUGUUUAAAAUGUAAUUAUAAUGCUUAUAUAUCUCUUGAUGGAGAAAGCUGCUACUUUAAUAAUUUAGAUCAUUGCAUAUACCCUUUUCAAUUUUCUACUGUGUCUAUUGAUAUCAACACAAUAUAUUUUGAUUUUCAACCUUAAGAGUCUCAAUAUAUUAAAACUGGUUGUACAUAUUGCUCACCUAUGUCUGCAUUGGAUACUGAAAAUAAUUUGUUUAAUUGCGCUCCUUUAAAUCUUGAUUAAAUUAAGAGUGGAUGUGAAUAUUACCUUAAGGUACCUGGUGAAGUAAUUUGCAUUAUUGGCAUCUAUAACAAUAUGUGGAUUGGAACCGGAUAUUGCACUUAAUUGAUUCCGCACUGUCUCUUUUGUUACCUGGGUAAUUGGGAAACUAGUUAUAUUUGUUAUAUAUGUGAAGACGGUUAUUAUAUUGAUUAUUAUACAAGUUUUUGCAAACCAUGCAAUACAGAAUGUGCUACUUGUAUUUAAGUUGAUUCUUCUAAUAUAGUAAAGCAAUCAGUUAUAUUAUUUUUCUCAUAUAUAUCAAUUCAACAACCAACAUAUAGUUUGGCAACUCAAAAUCCUAAUUAAAAUGAAGUUUAUAUUAUAUGUACUAUAUGUUCUGAUGGCUAUGUUAAGCAUUUUGAUAAAUGUAUCGAAAAAUGUCCUAGUAAUUGUAAGGAAUGCAAAGUUAUUGAUGAUUAAUAAGUAUGCAUUUCUUGCAUUUAAUUUAAUGAUUCACAUUACCAUAUUUAUAAUGGAAGAUGCAUUUAAUGUCCUGAAAAUUGUAAUAUAUGUCAUCCAAGAACUGAUGAUGAGAAAUUAAUGAUCAAUCAAUAUUUUAACAAUAAAGAUUUAGUGUAUUUUACUCAUAAAUGUAUAGCACCUCUAUCUAGUGAUUUUUAUUACGAUUAGGAUAUUCACUAAUUUAUCAAAUGUGAUAAUUUUAAUGAAUGCGAAAAAGAAGUUGUAAUAGAAAUUCAAAUUUAUUGUAACUAAAUUGAUUUAGAAAACUAUCUCAAUAAAUUGAAUGAUCAAUAAAUAGAAAUUUAAAGAAAAUUUCAUAUUCUUUUGGAAAAUCUGGAUUUAUCAUUAUAUGAGUAUUAUGAUUAUUUUCUGUAUCUUAAUUAGAACUUUGUUAGGAUAGUUAACUAUUAACUUACAAUUGCAGAUAAUUAACUCUGUUCUUUGAAUAAGGAACUAAAGCUCUAAUCAAAUUUAUAUCAAAAUACUUUUAAUUUAAUUGAAUUAAACCUUAUUUUUAAUGGAUCUGGAAAUACUCUCUAAUUGAAUAAUCACUUAUCGCUUUCAAAUUUUACACAUAUAAGAAUUGUAAACCUUGAUCUUCAAAUUUAGACUGGAUAUAUAACAAUGGAGAAUAUCAUUCAUUAUACUGUAGAGUUUGAAACCAUUACUAUCUCUCAGGAUAAAAAUGAUUUAUCAUCUUAAGAUUAUUUAAUCUAAAUUAGGGAAUCUUCUGAAAUUAAUAUUUCAAAUUUAUAAAUACUUAGUAUUAAUGUUCAUUUUUUGAAUGGAUUGUUUGCAAUAACAAAUCAAAAUAUCAAUACUAAACUAACAGCACAAGAUCUAAUUAUAAACCAUGUUAAAAUUACGAAUACUUCAAUUAUUAAAUAUAACACAUCUCUAAAAAUAGAAACUAAAAUAUUAAAUUUGCAUAUUCUAAAUUCCUAAUUUACAAAUACUGUUCUUAUUGAGUAAAUUUAAUAAACUGAAAUCAUGAAGAUAGAUAAUUUUAUUUUUUAAAAUUCAAUUCUAUUAAAUUCUACAAGGUUCUUAAAUUUUGAAUAAAUUUAAAAUGUUUAAUUAAGUGGAUUAUAACUUUUAGACUCAACCUUACAAAAUUCAAAUUUUAUCUCAAGUUCUAAAAUUCUGUUAUUGAUAGAAUUCAUUUUACAACACCUUUAAUUUUUAGGAUAAUCCACAUUACUAAUCAAUCAAAACUUAGUUUUUAUUGAAUUAAUUUAAAUUAAAGAUGGUAAGAUAAUUGAUAAUGUUUAUUCAAACAAAAAUGCUUUAAUUCUAUUAUUCAAUUCAGAUGCUGUGUAUCUUAAUAAUAUAGAAUUUAUCAACAAUGCUAUUAAUAUUGAUAAUUAAAAAGACUCUUUUGUUAAGAACAUUGAUUUAUCUUUAAUAAAUAUUGAGUCUAAUACUGUUAUAUUUGAUGCUUUGAUGAUUCAAAGAGGAAUAGGCUAUUCUGAAUUCACUAUUAAAAAUGCGAAUAAUUUUAAAUUUAUGAACUCUGUAAUAACAUUGCACAAAAAGUAUUAUUUUAAAAGUCUAUUUAAUAAUUAAUAAUGUAAUAUACAACCAUUCAAUUAGUUUAUGUAUAAUAAUUUGAUGAAUUUAUAAAAUAGCUCUUUUAUUUAUGUUUCAAAUACCAAUAUCACUGAUCUAAUAUUAUAUGAUUCAGCGUUAUUUGAAAUGUAAAUGCUUCCAUAAAUUAGCUCUUAAUUCGUGUUUAUUAAAUGCAAUUUUUCUUCAAACAUUUUGCAUCAAGUAAUCAAAUAUGAAAAAGUAUCUUUAAUAUCAAUUUAUUCCAAUUAUUAUCUUAAUUUGAAUAUNGCAGAUAAUUAACUCUGUUCUUUGAAUAAGGAACUAAAGCUCUAAUCAAAUUUAUAUCAAAAUACUUUUAAUUUAAUUGAAUUAAACCUUAUUUUUAAUGGAUCUGGAAAUACUCUCUAAUUGAAUAAUCACUUAUCGCUUUCAAAUUUUACACAUAUAAGAAUUGUAAACCUUGAUCUUCAAAUUUAGACUGGAUAUAUAACAAUGGAGAAUAUCAUUCAUUAUACUGUAGAGUUUGAAACCAUUACUAUCUCUCAGGAUAAAAAUGAUUUAUCAUCUUAAGAUUAUUUAAUCUAAAUUAGGGAAUCUUCUGAAAUUAAUAUUUCAAAUUUAUAAAUACUUAGUAUUAAUGUUCAUUUUUUGAAUGGAUUGUUUGCAAUAACAAAUCAAAAUAUCAAUACUAAACUAACAGCACAAGAUCUAAUUAUAAACCAUGUUAAAAUUACGAAUACUUCAAUUAUUAAAUAUAACACAUCUCUAAAAAUAGAAACUAAAAUAUUAAAUUUGCAUAUUCUAAAUUCCUAAUUUACAAAUACUGUUCUUAUUGAGUAAAUUUAAUAAACUGAAAUCAUGAAGAUAGAUAAUUUUAUUUUUUAAAAUUCAAUUCUAUUAAAUUCUACAAGGUUCUUAAAUUUUGAAUAAAUUUAAAAUGUUUAAUUAAGUGGAUUAUAACUUUUAGACUCAACCUUACAAAAUUCAAAUUUUAUCUCAAGUUCUAAAAUUCUGUUAUUGAUAGAAUUCAUUUUACAACACCUUUAAUUUUUAGGAUAAUCCACAUUACUAAUCAAUCAAAACUUAGUUUUUAUUGAAUUAAUUUAAAUUAAAGAUGGUAAGAUAAUUGAUAAUGUUUAUUCAAACAAAAAUGCUUUAAUUCUAUUAUUCAAUUCAGAUGCUGUGUAUCUUAAUAAUAUAGAAUUUAUCAACAAUGCUAUUAAUAUUGAUAAUUAAAAAGACUCUUUUGUUAAGAACAUUGAUUUAUCUUUAAUAAAUAUUGAGUCUAAUACUGUUAUAUUUGAUGCUUUGAUGAUUCAAAGAGGAAUAGGCUAUUCUGAAUUCACUAUUAAAAAUGCGAAUAAUUUUAAAUUUAUGAACUCUGUAAUAACAUUGCACAAAAAGUAUUAUUUUAAAAGUCUAUUUAAUAAUUAAUAAUGUAAUAUACAACCAUUCAAUUAGUUUAUGUAUAAUAAUUUGAUGAAUUUAUAAAAUAGCUCUUUUAUUUAUGUUUCAAAUACCAAUAUCACUGAUCUAAUAUUAUAUGAUUCAGCGUUAUUUGAAAUGUAAAUGCUUCCAUAAAUUAGCUCUUAAUUCGUGUUUAUUAAAUGCAAUUUUUCUUCAAACAUUUUGCAUCAAGUAAUCAAAUAUGAAAAAGUAUCUUUAAUAUCAAUUUAUUCCAAUUAUUAUCUUAAUUUGAAUAUAACAAAUGUCACAUUCUCCUCCAAUUUAUUAAAUUUAUUAAAAGAAAGUAACGCUUAAAAACAGAGCCUCAUUUUAUAAGUGGAAGCAUAUUAAUCCAAGUGUAUAAUAAGUAGUAGCCUAAUACAAAAAAAUAUGAUUUUGAAUGGUUAAGGAUCUCUUAUGUACAUUGACGGUGACUUAAUUAUUUUGGAAAAUACAAAGUUUUUUCAGAAUUCAGCAUUUGUCUUUGAUACUUUAAAGUAAUUCCUCAGAUGGGGUUUUACGAGUGAAAUCUUUUUAGAAGACUUAUAGAAAUUAUAUAUUAGUUCUAGCAGUGGAGGAAAUGGAAAUUUUUAAGCUCGAUAGGUCAUAUUCAAUCAGAUUUUAUUAUAGGACUCUAUCUCAGUAUAAGGCGCUGCAUUUGUAUUAAAAAUGAUAGAAGAUGGAAAUAUUCAGAUUAAAAAUUCUCACUUUAAAAAUUUACAAAGUGAAUUAAUGGAAGCUUCAUAAGGAGCAGCUUUUCAUAUCCAAUCUUAAUCAUUAUACUUACAAAUAGAUGUUAUUAAUACCGUAUUUCUAAAUAUUUCUUCCAGAACAGGAGGAAGUAUAUUUUAUAUAAUACCCUCAUCAAAACUAUUCAAUAUCUCUUUACUUAACUCUACAUUUGAAAACUUUUUUUCAAUUUAAGGAGGCUUAAUAUACAUAGAAAAAUCUAAUUACUAAUUAUAAAUUGUUCAGAUGAAUGAAUGUAGUUUAUCUUAAAAUUUGGAUUAAUUUUAUGCAUUCAUCGAUUCAUUACAGAAUUUAUCAAUGAAUGAACUCACAACUUUGACAUAAGAACAUUCAUUGAUCCAUUGUUAUGGCUGCUAAUUUUAGAUAAAUGAUUUAAGUGUAACAAAUUAUCCUCCUAUGCCCUUAUUCUAACUAUAUGGAAGCGCAUAUCUCAAGAAUAUUUCAAUAUAAAAUAUUAUUUUUUCAAAUCAAUUAUUCCUUUUUUCUCCAGUCGGAUAAUCUGAUGAAAUAAUUAUUCAUAAUAUCAGGGUUUACAACUGUACUCAAAUACAGAUUAGAGAAUUUGAUAUUCCCUCUAAAAGAAAUGGCAACCUUUUAAAUAGCAGUUUAAGUACAACUUGUAAUGAAAAUUUAAUAAAUGCUCCUCCUACUAUUAUGAGUUUUUAGGAAAGUGACUCUAAUAUUAAUCAAAUUACACUUUUAUAAACUUUAUUAUCUUAAAUAUAAUCAUCAACAAUAGCAUUGGUAUUAUUUUAAUUUAUAGAUUAAUAUCAAUAACAAAAAAUACAACUUUCUGAUAUUAUUCUCUAAAAUAACAAGUGCAGCAAUUGCUCCUAUGGUCUAUUGAAUUUUGAGAAUAGUAAGAAAAUAUCUAUAAUUAUUUAAAAAAUGGAUGUAUCUAAUUCGUACUGUGGGAAAAAUGGUUGCAUUUCAUUCAUUUCAUAAGAUAACCGUAUUCUUUAAAAUAAAGAUUCGAAUGGAUCCAUAGCUUAUUCUUCUAUCAGAAUAUAGAAUUUAUAAUGCAUCAACAAUUAAGCUUAAUACGGAGGAUGUUUGUUUAUCUAAAAUUAAAUCAUUUCAAUAAUACAAAGUUUGAUAGCUGGCAAUAAGGCAGUAUAUGGAGGAGCUUUUUUUACAAAAGGGGUUAAUUCAACAUUGAUCUCAGAGAAUUUAGUUAUUACAAAUAAUUCAGCUUAAUUUGGAAGUGGUAUCUAUAGUGAAGACAACUUGAAUAGAAAUGUUAAAGGAAUAGAAAUAAUUGAUAAUUAGGGAUUGAAUCAAAUUGAAGAACACCCUUAGUAACUCUAUCUGUAAAUUAUUAAAGACUAAAUGAUGAAACCAACAAUUAUAUAAAAUUCUAAAAAUGGCCAAAAAUCUUAAAUAAUUGGCAAAGAUGGAUAAAAUACAAUUAUUCAUAUACCUACUGGAAUAUCAUUAUCAGAAUACAGAAAAUUUGAAAUAGAAAAGAAUAGAUACAAUUAUUAAACUAUGCAAAUGAGAUUAUACGCAGUUAAUUCAUAAUUAGAAAUUGUUAGAAAUCUAACAAAUACCUAUUGUGAAUUACAAAUUAAUAAUGUGAAUAGUAGAUUAGAACAAAAUUUAUCUUUAAGUAAAAAUAAAAUUUACUUUAAUUAAUCGACGUUUUCCUACAAUUUAGAUGAUUUAAUCUUUUACAUUCCCUCAGAUUCAAAUUAAACCUUUGAAUUUAAUAUUAAGUGUAACAGUAUUUAUAUUCCAAUAAUAAACAAUAAAAACAGUUUAAUAGAGGGGUAUAAUUCUAUUUUUAAAUUAGAUAUCACUAAAAUUAUGUUUUAAGUCUUUUGAUUAAGCCUAAUGAGUGUUAAAUUGGAGAAUACAGUUAAUCUAGAGAGGAUUAUUGUCACUAAUGCAUAGUAGAUUAGAAAUAAUAUUCUGUAAUUUUAGGAGCUACUAGUUGCUAAACUGCAGACGAUCAAAAGAUUUAGGAAAUAACCUAAGCUUAAAUAUUCUUAAAAAAGGUAUACUAAUCUUCUUAUUAUAUUUAGGGUUACUGGAGAAUGAAAGUGACUACUUCAACCAUAGACUUGUGCAUAAAUAAUCAGCAAAAUUGUAUUGGAGGAUGGGGAGUUGGAAAUGAUCUAUGCUAAUAGGGAUACAUAGGGGCUCUUUGCGAAUAGUGUGAUUAUUAUAAUGAGAGAGGAGGAGGAUAUUAUUAAAGAGAGGGUUUUUAUGAGUGCUAAAUUUGCUAAAAUGAUACCAAACAAUAGCUAUUUAAUUUGUUGAUCACAAUUUUAAUGUAAAAAAUGUUUAUAAAAUUUUAGAUUUGUAUGCAUACUAUACAUAAUGAAUUAUUUGUCGAAAUAAAGAAUUUAAUUUAUUCGUUUGAAUAUUAAGCAGUUUAAAGUACCUUUCAGAUAAGGCAUUUUUAAGUAAGACGAAGUACUUAUGGGAUAGAGCAUAAAGAUUAUAUUGUUCUAUUUUCAAAUUAUCAGUUAUACAUAAGAAUUAACUUCUGUAUUUUCUGAUUAAGUCUAAUAAUUAGUUCAUUUUCUAGGAGAUCCUUUUACAUUACUAGUAAUACUUAAAGAAUGUUAAUUGAUAAACGAAUCAGUUAAUGUAAUUUACUUAUAAAUCUUAUAAAAUUUUAUAUUUUUGCUGAUAUUGAUGACUACUUAUGUCUGUUUUUGUUUGGCUAAGAUUUUAUUCUCAAAAUACAAAACUACAAAGUCAGAAUUAUUUAAUUUUAUAUAUCUUAUAUACAUCUUUAUUGUUGGAAGUUUGAUACGAUCUAUGAUUCAACUUAUAGCUUUUAGAGAUAUUUAAGAUGUGUAUUGGAUUUACAAAAACAUUUCGUAUGAUUUCACAAAUGCAAAUCAUCUAAAAUUAGUAUUUAUUUUAUUUUUACCUGUUGUGAUAUGUCUGGGGAUUGUUUUACCUUAUUUAUUACUACGAAAGUCAAAGUCAGACUUAUUUUUAUCUAAGCGAAUCCCUUAUAAAGAUUUUGGAUUUUGGUUUACAUCUUACUCAAACAAACAUCAACAUUGGGAAUUUUAUAAAUUUUUAUUGAUUAAUGGAUUGAUAUGCAUAAUCAUAAUGAUUGAUGCAAAUACUGCAAUAAAAGGAGCAUUAUCUUAUUUUCUACUUAUCGUUUAUACUAAAGUCUGUUCAAACAAAAAUAUAUAUUAUCAUAAAUAAAUGAAUAGAUUCGAAUGUUAAUUGAAUAUUAUCAGUAUCAUAAUUCUAAUCUCUUGCACACUAUUUUCAGUAUAGGAAAACUAGGAUUCGAUAUUUAAAAAUAUCAUUUUGAUCUUUAUUAAUUCUAUAUUUAUUUUGAGUGGAGUGUUUAUGAUCCUACAUUUAUGGAAAUUGAAUUCCUCAUAUAUAGGAAGGAUUUUUUGUAAAGGUUUCGAAAGAUUAGGACAAUCUAAUCAGAACUUUAUUAAGUAUAAUAUUUUUUAAGCUCAUUCAAACAGUUCCAUACAAUUAAGAAAAAAGAGAUUUGAAUUAUUAAAAGCUUAUUUAAAAUAGUAAAGCAAAACAUAAUUAUUAAUUAAAGAAGAAUAUUAAAGCUCUCAAGAAUCGAAUGAAAAACUUUAAUGA